AUGAAUAAAUUAAACGAAUUAAAAGAAGAGGAAAGGAUUAUAUUAUUAAAUAUAUUAAAAAAAUUCAAAGGAAAAAAAUGUAUAUUUUUUGAAAAAUCUUUACAUAUUAUUUUAAAUGUUUUAUUAAAUGAAGAAGACUUAAACAAAGAACAAAUAGAAUCAAUUUUUUUAGUGUGUAAUGAAAAAGACGUCAAUGUAAAAAAAUUAGAAAACAUACCUAAUAUUUUAUUUAUUAUACGUCCCUAUUUUUAUGAAAUUGAAAACAUUUUUAAAAUCAUUGAAAAAAUAGAAAAAGUAAAAACAACUAAUAAGAAAUAUUCCUUUAUAUUUAUUCCUUAUAUGACUUAUUUAUGUGAGCAAGAAAUCUUUAAAUAUAACAUACCUGAUGUUUUCAUUAAAAUAAUUAUAUUUCCUCUUUAUUUUAUACCUUUAUAUAAUGAUGUAUACAGUUUAGAAAUAAAAAGUAUAUUUAAAGAAUAUUAUGUUGAUAAUGACUUCACUAAUUUAAUAUUUUGCUCUUUCAGUUUAAUGUUUCUUCAAUUUCUUUUUAAUGGAGUUUUUAAAAAUAUAAAAUCAUUAGGAUAUUUAUCUCAGUUUGUAUGUGAGCACUUAAUACAAUUAAGAAAAGAAAUUGUUUCUAACAAUUUUAGUAUUCAAUCACCAAAUAAUUUUGAAGAUGAUUUUUUUGAUAUUUUAAAUAACUUACAAAAUAUUCAAGAUUUAAAUAAUUUUAAAAAAUCUAAUGAAUCAGUUGUUCCGGUUAAAUAUGCCAUACAUAAAAUUUUUAUGUCAGAACAGUCACAUAAAAAAUUCAUUAAAAAAAAAAAAAAAAGUAUAAAUGAAAUUAAUAUAAAGUUAACUUCCUCAAGUGAAGAAAAUUGGGAAGAAAAUAAAAAUAGUAGAAAUAUAAAAAUAUAUGAGAAUAUAAAAAAAGAAAAAGAAGAAAACAAAGAAAAAGUUAAGGAAGAAAUAGAAAUAGAAAAAGAUAAUAAAAAACAAGAACAAGGUAAAAGGCAAAAACAUCGUCUUAAGGGAGAAGAUAAUGAAGGAGGGAAAGAAAAGGAGGAAUAUGAAGAAGAAGAAGAAGAAGAAGAAGAAGAAGAAGAAGAAGAAGAAGAAGAAGAAGAAGAAGAAGAAGAAGAAGAAGAAGAAGAUGAGGAAGAAGAAGAAGAAGAUGAGGAAGAAGAAGAAGAUGAGGAAGAAGAUGAUGAAGAGGAGGAAGAAGAAGAUGGAGAAGAGAAGAAAGAAGAGGAAGAAGAAGAUGAAGAAGAAGAUGAUGAAGAGGAGGAAGAAGAAGAGGGAGAAGAGAAGAAGAAAGAAGAGGAAAAGGAAGAGGAAGAGGAAAAAGAGAGAGAAGACGAAGAAGAAGGGGAGGAAGAAGAAGAGGGAGAAGAUGAGGAAAAAGUGGGAGAAGAAGAAAAAGAAAAAGAAGAAAAAGAAAAAGAAGAAGAAAAAGAAAAAGAAGAAGAAAAAGAAAAAGAAAAAGAAGAAGAAGGAGAGGAGCAGAAUGAAGUGGAAGAAAAAGACGAAGAAGAAAAAAAAGAUAAUGAAAAAGAAAAAAAAGAAGAUAAUGAAAAAGAAAAAGAGAAAGAAGAGAAGAAGAAAUUGGAUGAAGAUAAAGAUUAUAUAGAAGAUGAAAUAUUAAAAAAUGAAGUAGAAAAAAAAGUAGAAGAGAAUUAUCUUUAUCAAAAAAAUGAAUACGAGAAGAAAGAUGUAAGAGAAUAUGGAGAAGAGAGGGAACAGCAAGAAAUAAAAGAAAAGCUAAAAAAAGAAGAAGAUAAAGAAGACGAAAGAAAAAAAAAUGCGAAAUAUAAUGUUAUUAAUGUAAGUAAAAAUAGUCUUUAUUACUUAGAUAGUAAUAAUAGUUAUCAAAUAACAUAUAACACUCAUGAUAAAUCUAUCAAUACGUGCGAUAAUGAUAACAAUAUCAAUGAAACUGAUUUUAAUAAUGAUAUAAAUAAAACAGAAAAUAUGAAUUGUUCAGAAAAAAGAAAUUCCAAAAUAGAAUAUACUAAUAUAAAUAAGGAAAAAAAAAAGAAAAAUGAAUUACAAAAAUAUUGUGAAAAAAAAAAAAAAGAGAACAAAAAUGCAAAAUCUCAAGAACAUAAAUAUUUGAAUGAUAACAUGAUUGAAUAUACAAAUAAUAUUUCUUCAAAAAAUAAUACUUGUAGUGAUAAAAACAUUAAAAAAAUAUAUAAAUCGAAGGAAAAAAAUUAUAAUUAUAUUAAUAAGAACAAAUUAAAAAAAAAGAAAAAAAGACAGAAAGAAGAAAUGAAAGAAGUAACAGAAAAAGAAGAAAAAAAAAAAAUUAAAAAAAAAAUAAAAGGAUUUGCAACAAUUACACAUAAUUUUAUGACCAAAAUGGAUAAUACAAAAUAUUUUAUGAAAAAAAAAGACAGAAAAAAAAUGGAAAAAGAAUGUAAAAAAGAGAAAAAUUAUCUAUUAGAAAAAAUAGGAAUUACUAAUUUUAAUUUUUUAUUAAACACAUGUUGUAACAUAGACUCCUGUAUUAUUAUUGAUAGAAAAAUUGAUAUGAUUACUCCUUUCUGUAUUCCAUUCACAUAUGAAGGAUUGAUUGAUCAUUUAUUUUGCAUUGAUAAUUUACAAAUAGAAAUACCAAGGUAUAUUAUUUUUAAUGAUGAAAAAAGUAUAUCAAAAAAAAAAGAAAAAAGCUUUGAAGAUGUAAAUAGUAUGAAAGUUAGAAUAAAAUUAAAAAGUUCUGUAGAUGUUUUAUAUGAUGAUAUAAAAGACUUAAGUCAAAAUGACAUUGGAAGAUUUUUGCAUAAAAAAGCGAGCGAAAUUCAAAAAACAUAUGAAGAAAAAGACAAAUUAAAAGAUAUUGAACAAAUUAAUGAAUAUAUGAGAAAAUUCAAAGUAAAACAUUAUGAGCAUAAUUCAUUGUCAACUCAUGUAAAUAUAGCUUCAUUCAUUUUAAAUACAAUAAAAAGAGAACAAAGCUUUAAUAAAUUAAAGCUAGAAGAUGAAAUAAUACAAUUAAAUAGUAAUACCAAUAAAAGCAAUUUAUUAGAUAUAGUAAAAAAAAUUCAAUCAUUAAUAUACACAGGGGAAGAUAUAUAUGAGGUAUAUAGAAUAUUUUGCUUAUUUUCUAUUAUAACAAAUGGUUUUAACGAAAAUUAUAUGAAUGAUUUAAAAAAAGAUAUUAUAGAACAAUAUGGCAUAAAUGAAUUAACCAGAUUGAAUAAUUUGCAUACUUGUAAUAUUUUAAAAUAUCAAUCGAAGAACAAAUUUAUAUGGAAUAAUUUAAAAAAUCAUUUUAAUUUAUUAUCUAACGAGAUAAAUGAUAUUUCUUAUGUGUGUAAUGGAUAUGCUCCAUUAUCAGUUCGAUUAAUUGAAUAUAUGAGUGUUUUAAAAAAUAAUUUACAAAUUAUUCCUGAAAUAUUUAAUUUUCUGAAUGGGCCAACAUUAGAUAUAAUUCAAAAUUCUGUUGGAUAUGAAAACUUCGAAGUAAAACAAAAAAAAAUUAGCAAAAAAAAAAAUGUCAUACUUUUUUAUAUUGGAGGCAUAUCAUAUGCUGAAAUUGCUUCUAUUAGAAAAUUAAAUGAAAAAAGUGAAAACUAUAAUUACUUAAUCUUUACUACUGAAAUUAUCAGUUCAAAAAAAAUUUUACAAUCAAUGAACUUAUGA